UGCCAACGGCAUGAAAUUAUUUCUCCCCUAAAUAACUGCUGGAAUGUUGGUGGUGAACCGUAGAACCCCUCCCCACCUCAUUGUCUGACACUCAAGGGGGAGUAUAACAUUUAUUGUGUUUACAAUUAAAUUGCAUAUUAUGUUGUCUUUUAAAGCCCACACUUGCAGUUUUGCAUCAUGUGUUUUAAUGCAUUAUGUCCAUGUAUCUGUUCUGUUGCAGUGUUUAGUGCAGAGGACAGCUAGCAGACUUAUCUGUGUCAUGCAGCGCGUUGUCCUUUUUAUCUGCCCCCGACACACCGCCUCUCGCUGGGGAAGUGUCACUUCACCCCUCCUCUUCCUCCACCGCCUCACCCCUGUUGACUCCCCGCUUACCCUGGCCCCGCUCCCGGUGUGUGGAUGCCAGCAGCUGGUAAUGAUGGAGCCCACCGUUGUCACACACCAACCCUUUUUUUUAGGGUCCAGGUUUAAAGAGAAAGAAGACAGAGGCCUCCUUGCAGAAAGUAGCGCUAAUGGGAGAUCGAACGGCGCCCCUUUUGCGAGCGUGGUCGCACUGACGCAACCCGGUCUGGGCGUCACCACGACAACCAUUACCACCAUCACACAGACGGGGGGUACCUGGAGCACUGGCCUGCUUGACGUUGAUGCGGACACAAGCACAUGUGUCGUCGGCGCUGUGGCGCCGUGCUGUUUGGACCUGAGUCUAGCACAUCAGUACGGCGAGAGUCUUUGUUUGCCUCUUCUCCCCGGAUCCACCGUUGCUAUGAGGGUCGCACUCAGGGAGCGGUACAAGAUACAAGGCAACAUAUGUGACGACUGGACCGCCGUAUGUUGCUGCUACUCCCUGGCCCUGUGUCAGAUGGUGCGAGAGAGCAAGCAACGCACGACGACGCGGACGUACCACGUGUCCACCGCGCUGGAGUCCUCCUGACUGGACCCCAAAAGUUAAAAAAUAUGGUUCCUUCUUGCCUCACAAAGCACUUCUUACAGCAAAUUGUAGUUUAAAGGCCUACUGAAAGCCACUACUACCGACCACGCAGUCUGAUAGUUUAUAUAUCAAUGAUGAAAUCUUAACAUUGCAACACAUGCCAAUACGGCCGGGUUAACUUAUAAAGUGACAUUUUAAAUCUCCCGGGAAAUAUCCGGCUGAAACGUCGCGGUAUGAUGACGUAUGCGCGUGACGAAGUCAGCGUAACGGAAGUUAUGGUACCCCGUAGAAUCCUAUACAAAAAGCUCUGUUUUCAUUUCAUAAUUCCACAGUAUUCUGGACAUCUUUUGCAAUUUUUUUAAAGAACAAUGAAGGCUGCAAAGAAGACAGUUGUAGGUGGGAUCAGUGUAUUAGCAGCGGACUACAGCAACACAACCAGGAGGACUUUGUUGGAGCGCUAGCCGCGCUAGCCGCCGACCUCACCUUGACUUCCUACGUCUCCGGGCUGCCAAACGC